AUGCAGGUUUACUUUGUUUGUAUAAUAAGUCAUUCAUUUCUUUCAACUGAUAUUGUUUGUUUAAGAACAAAUUGCACAACAAGUGAAGAAUGUUGGCGUGAAGCUUUAGUUUAUCGUUCAUCAGAAUUAAUUGAACGAUUGUUUUCAUUUAGUAGUCUUUCUCUUUAUAUCGAUACAUUUCAACGAAGACAUUCCCACGAAUUAAAUGAUAGUAUAUUAUUUGUUGACAAUGCACUUGAAAAUCAUUUAACAAAUGAAUCAAUCGAUAGUAAUCUAAAUAUAAAUUUAUUUAAAACAUCAAAACAACUUCUUAUUGAUUUAUGCACCAAUUUAACAUCAAAACCAAUUGAAACAAUUGACGAACUGCCAACAUUAAUGUGUUCAUUAUCAACAUGUUCUUCGAGUUUAACAAAUUUUAUGAUACUUUUAAUAAUUAGUAUACUCAUUGCUAGUUUAAUUCUUCUAAUUUGUUUCGUUCAAUCUUUUCAAACAUAUCGUCGAGUACGUUCUUCAAAAAUAGCUUCACCACUUGUUCCAGCUUCGAAUCCGUUGGCAAUAAAUAAUUCAUCUAAUAAUUUGCACUCUUCUAAUGCAUUAGAACUAUAA